UUUCAUAGGUAUAUAUGCCUGCUUGGUGAAGUCAAACAGGACUGAAGUUGGUCGCUAUAAAGACUCGGCUAUAAUUCUUUGUUUAUCUCCUCGACUUAUACAAACACGGAUCAUCACCUAGACGGAUCUGGCAAGACGAACAUCCUGGAAAAUUUUUCUACUCCACAGUCUGUGUUUUGUGGCUGCUGUUCUACAGAAAAAUAUACUUCUCUAUUUUGAGACGAAUUUCACUACUCAAUUCCGUCCAAACGAUACGUCACUGGUAUAACAGAUAUUGUGUAUUAUACCUAAGGCAAGUAAAAUGAAUAUUGGUGGAAUUAUCGCCGGUUUCCUUGUGCUGCUAUCUCUUGCAUGGCAUAUCACAUGCAAGGACACAUAUGACAUUCCAGUUGCCAUCAAUGCUCUGAUACAGGAUCCCGACAAAGUAGACGAAACAGAAAAAUUCUUUUAUGAUCAGGAUAAAGACUUCUAUUCUAAAGUCACACCAUUUGAUGUGGCUAAAUCUUUAGAACUAUCUGUUGAAGAUACGAUAAGCAAAAAAAUCAAAAUUGUUUUCCUAACGUUUGCCUCCUCUCAUGUUGGAAAUCCGUUGAGCCUGAAGGAUCUAAAAUACACAACAAAAAGCAACUGGUCUUAUACGAUAAGUGUGAAGAGCAUCUUAAAUGCAUCGAAUGGAGAACUCGUAGAUAUCAAUGGGCAAACAGUUAUUUCCAAAAUACAAGAAAAUGCUAUGAAAGUUUUGGGAAAACGAUAUCAGUUUAAAAGUGAUAACAUUAGGAACAAGCUAGGGCUUGGAAAAAUGGCCUACCUUGCAGCGGAUGAGAAGAUAUGGAUCAAAGUGGUUGGAAUUAUCGUUGAAAACGUGACUGCGGAUAGAAAUGAAGCUUUAAAUUUGACAACGUGUUAUUUAGCUGAGAUGAUUGGAAAAACGGUGUCCCAAAUACAAAAAUUCACAUUGAACGAGGUUGACAUGUACUUGUACAAUACAACAAAGUUGUUGGAGAAGCUACCUGAGUAUAGUGACAAUGUAAUAAUACGUCUUUAUCAAACAUUUAAUAUUAUGCCCACAUUCCUGGCAAGAAUUAGCAACACAGAAUUGUCAAAGAUAAACGCUAUGAUGAUGAAAGACGUAUUAAAUCUCUUUACAAACAGUGUGCUAAAGUCUCUCCGGGUCAAUGCAAAUGAAAUCAGUGAAAAAGAUUCAAGUUUUGAUCCAAAAAUGCUUCUUUCUUGCACCGAUAAAUGGGAACCAUUUAAAACCAUAAUCAUAUCAGAAUCUUUCCAAAACUCUGCAGAAGCUAUGUCAGUGGAGACUGAUAUCCUUUCAGCACUGAUUAACAUCUCAUAUUCGGAUAUUCAAGAGUUUACAAUCACCGUAAUGAUGAAUACACUAGAGACAGUUAUAGAUCCGUUAUCACAACAAAAGGAAUUGAUGGAGGCUACCAAUUUGUCUGCUAUCCUUCAAGAUCAAGGCUCGGACAAAAUAAACACUCUGAAUGAAAGUGUUUUUAACGUUAUCUACAGUCGCACAAACUUCACCGAACACCAACUGGGAAUUUUAUAUGAAUGGACCUCAAACGAUUAUCUAUUUUCCUCCAUGUUUACUCUUGAAGAAACAAAUGAUGUAUGCAAAAUCAAUACGCUUAACUAUGUUCUUCUCGCCUUGGCACGCCUUACUGUAGGUCAGGACGGGGUUAUUCCUUGUAAAUCUUUCGAAAUGCUGAGAGAAAUUUGGAGAAGGAAGUCUUUGAACUAUCUAGAAUCAAAACAUUCCAAACAAAAACAACUGUCAUUACACUCCUCGAUCUCUAUGUUGGUCAAUCAACUGACCGACGCGUCAUUUGCGAUUAACUACCGCGUGCUGAAUGUGUCAUCUGAAACUGAAAAACUUAUCUCGCAGUUAUCAAUAAACAAUAUCACGGCAAUCACAACAUAUUCAAGUUCAUACCUAAAAACCAAGUCUUUUCAAGAUAUCAUUGAAAUCAUUGUACAUCUGAAGCGUAAUGGCUCGUUUGAUCGUGAAGUGACACGUGGAAGAGAAAGUACCACGCUUUCCAGCGUACAAUCGAGCACACUUCUCGCACCACCUAUGUUACCUACUUCAACUCUUGUUAUUGCCGACAAAAUGUCACUCACAAAAUAUCCGUCAACAACAAGCAUGUUCCCAACCAGCACUGCAGUAAACCAAGUUGCAUACUCUUCAAACAUUCCGUCCCAUUCAACUGCACCAAUUGAACCACGUGUCCAAAACUCCAGUCUGUACUUGUCAACCUCCGUUCUACCGGCAUCACCGACCGGCAUAUCGACAACAUUAAUAUCCAGCAUAUCGCUCGUUAAACCAACUACAACAAAGACUGAAACAAUAACAUCCAGCAUUCAAAAAUCAGGCUCAAAGUGUCAACCCGAAUGCAAAACUGGCGAAUUGUGCAUCUUAGAUAACCAGAAUACAGUCUCAAUGACAUGUAAAGAUGCAAAAAAUCUAGAAGGAAGAUUGAGGAUCACAAGUGGCGCUAACUUUACUGUACAGUUGACGGAUAAAACCUCGGAAGCUUUCAAGAAAUUCUCAAUUCAAGUUGAAAUACUGAUCGAUUCAAUCUGCAAACGUUCUCAAUACAAAUCUACGUUUCUUGGUUCUGAGGUCUUACGAUUUGAGUCAGGAAGCAUAAUUGUGCAUUACAAGCUAUCAUUUGAUAGCAAAUUAGACUUGUCAAGUUCUACUGUGGAGGAUAUCGAACAAGUGUUCAGAAAUGCCCAGGAUACUAAUUUUACAAUUGACAAUAGCAGCAUUGCUGUUGAAGAUUAUGACGAGUGUUCCACAGGAAAGGCAACGAAGUGUUAUAAAACAGCUACGUGUAACAACACGCUGGGAUCCUAUGUAUGUAUCUGUCCUAAAGGUUCAACUGGGGAUGGCAGUUCAUGUCGAGUGGCCAAUACGAGAAAACCAAACGACAAGGAAGACGUACCGUGGAUAAUAUAUGUAGUUAUCGCAAUUAUGGUUGUAUUAAUUAUCUUCCUUAUUGUCGUAAUAAUCUACUGUGAGAAGAAACAUAAGAAGAAACAAAGGCCUCAAGUUUUAGAUUUUCACCAUGGUGGAAUCAACAUGUAUCCUCGAUCAACGCCAUAUCUUGCACAGACACCAGAAUCAGAAGCAGACCUUGCGGAUGGCUUUGGUAUUGUGAACAGACACGGCCCUCAACUCAACAUGGUCACAUUUAAUCCAACCCCUGAAGACAAGAAAGAAUUAGAAUUGCAGAAAUCGUAAAAUACAGAAAAAAGGCGCAUUAUCUUAACUUUGGUGAUUUGUGCGAGAAAAUAGGCCAUGAACAAAAACGGUUGCAGUGUAAAUAAGCAUGAAUACUAUUGCAAUCAUCAACAUAGAAAUAUUGCAAUCAUCAUAGAAAUAUAUAUAGCUACAAACAAGUCUUUGAAAUGCACGUUAAACAUAGCUGCAAGUACUUGCAUUGCACUGGUUGACGUUCGCCGUGCUAAUGUGCGGUCCUCUCUCCUAGGUUUUCCACUACCGACUCUGAGCAGAACACAACAUUGAAAUCGUGGAUGCCUCAGGUUGCAUCACUUGCAUGACAAAUUUUCAGUUAUUACCGACUUUGGUUUUAAUUACCCAAUGCCUCUCCCAUGCAAGGAGAGUCAAAUUACAUGUUCAAUUUAAUAUUAGCCUGAUAAUCAGGCCCUUAGUUAAGAUGAAAACAACCAGAAAUCCGUCCUUGUGGGAAUUAAUAUGUGCCUGCUAUUAAUGACGGCGACGUCAUAUUGACCAUGUGAAACGGCCUCUGUAUGCCGGCUUAUAAGACUAGGACUGCGUGGUUGUUUAGAACAAUAAACCGACAGUGUUUCCACAGAAAUUAUUCUUCAAAGAAUUAGACACAAACAUAUUUAUUUUUCCACUUUUGAUCAUGGCGAAUAUGCAAAAGUGCAUGCAAUUCAUGCAGACAAGACUUUUUUUAACUUUUUUGUUCUAUAUGGUACAAUAAUGUAAUUAAAAAUUCCUUAAAUAGAAAGUUUCCUGAUAAUUUCAGGUCAUUAUAGGUCUACUUCGGACUACACAACAAGGAAGGAAAUACAGGCAGCAUCUGGCUUUUAUUCCGCAUGUUAAAAUAUACAUUGACGGUUUCUAUUUAUGUCCAGAUGGACAAUGAUGUAUACUGUACAUAUGAUUGCGUUAAGGUUCA